GGUAUUAAGACAGAGGAAGAGGAGAAGGAGGGAGGAGGGAGGAGGAGAAGGCAAAGGAGAAGGAGAACAAGUACUUCUUAGGAAGGUGUCUGUAGCACUUGUGAAAUGGGAACAUUCACGACUUUGAGAGGGUAUUUGUAUGCCAACGAGGAACAGAGUGACCAAUUGAACCUAUACGGAGCAAACCUGCAAAGCGAUCCUCAACUCAAAGGCCGCAUCUUCGAAAAGUUGCAGAGGAUUAGGGAUGAGGUAAGGAUCGCGCAUGGGAGGGAUGACGAGGAGGUCCUUGGCGAAAGACUGAAAACAGAGUUGGAAAAUACGAGAGCCAAAGUUGCGUCUUUGAAGCAGAACCAUUCGAAACGUGCCAAACGGUUUGUUGACGAUCACCGAAAGCUCGAAAAGAGAAUCAAGGCCCGUAAAGCAAAUGCGAUUAGUCUUGAGGAAGUGCAGAAGACGGAGAAGAUGAACAUCGCAUCGUUGACUUUGGCGAUCACAAACCUUAUGAAAGUAGUUGCUGAUCGCCGCGACGAAAUGUGUUCUCAACGGGCAGGAAGAGGAGAUGGUGGUGGUGGUGGUGGUGGUGGUGGAGGAGGAGGAGGAGGAGGAGGAGGAGGAGGAGAUGGCAUAGGUGGUGACAAGGAUCACAAUGGCACUAGCUUGCAAAGAGAGGGGGACAUAGUUUCUAUUGGUCAAUCAAAAAAACGGGGCCCUGAUGAAGGAAGCUUGUGCUUUGACUGUGAGAUUGCACCAGGGAUGAACGAAACGACGAAUCCCAAGUUAGCGAGGAGGUGUGUGGCUUUCUGUUGCAGGGGUUGCUCACAUGUCUUAGAGCCCCUGCAGACUGAAAAGCUAAUGCAUGGUCAGAUUUACCCAUUGUACGAAGGUGCAACUACCUCCUCGAUCUUUAGAGCUCGAUAUUUGGAGAAGAAGAAGAAUAGCAGACAUAUGGUAAAAAUAUCGAACUGGAAGGAAAAAUGCAGACUUGGAGCAGACCUGGACGACGGUAAGUCUCUUGGCCAAAGUAGUUUAAGUAGUUUAGCUCCAGCUCCCGUCAACGUUACUGGCCGGUUAGCAGGUGGUAAUAACUUAAAGCGAAAACUGAUGGAAUCUGCGGCGGCGGGAGAGAAGGAUGCAGCAACGGGGAGGUCCACUGAGCCCCUGAAUGACUAUCUGCGUUUUAUAUCGACGAGGUUGAAUCUCAACCUCAUCGACAGUGAGAACAGGGAGGGAGAAUACCCAGCCGUCACAGCCCGGGAAGAGCCAGAGUCAGAUGCAGCUAUUGCUGAACCGGUAAAUGCAUUCAGAGGUAAUCCUAGUAUGAUCGUUCCCACAGGGCCUGGCUUACCUGAACCCCUCGCAACAGCAGAGAAGAAAAACAUGGAACAAAGAGGAAGCUCAUCUCAAGGAACUAGGCUACAAGAGAAUCAUCACAAGACAACUGCAGUGGAACCCACUAUGGAAGGCAGUGUGUCGAAUCUUCGCCCGGAUGACACCCUUCACAACAACAUGACCGCAGAAAUAGAACCCCUUCUUGAUGGGGGUGAAGUGCUGAAUGAGACCCGUCUUUCUGGGAGGGAAGUGCUGAAUGAGACCCGUCUUUCUGGGAGGCUAACAAGAGAGGAGGUUACAGGUAGAAAAGAUGCGGAACCGGACAGACGGGACCGCAAAGCAUGGAGCAGGAUCAACUGCAAGGAUGAUGAUGGAGAUGGAGAUGAAGAGUUUGAAAUGAAAGAGGCAAUUGUGAAGUUCCCUUCUUGCAUUCCAGGUAUAGCGCAUCUGGUCGCUUUUGCAUAUGCCGACAAAAGGCAGAAAUGUUUGAUGCAUCAUUACACCACAAAGACACUGACUAUCCCCGUGUCAGUCAACCUUGUUGUGGAGCAAGCAGGAUUGGAGCAGGCAUCUGUGCGAACGUGGAUUGAACACGUCAAGGCAGUUACUCCCGUAACCGGAGUAUGGGUUGAUCAUGAUGCUCUAUUUGCGGACAUUGCACCUGGGAUAUCGCUGAUGCGUUGGGUAGACCUCACACCGAAGCACUUUCAACAGGAGCGUAUCCUCAGAAUUCCGGACGAUCAGUUUAAGACCUUCGCACUGCUUGACCUGCUCACAUCGCAAUGCGAUCGACACCCAGGCAAUGUGUUCCUAUACACAAACGAGAAUAGCUCCAGUAUGACGGGCAUCGACACAGAUCAGGCAUUCGGUUGGAACAAAUGUGUCGUGGACUCGGUGUUCCUGCCUCGUACCUCGUACCACUUCCAUUUCCAGUCUCGACCCGAGGUGGCCCAUUUCGACUACCGAUGCCAUGUCCCCGAAGGCAAGAUCGGAACGGAUUAUCCAGGAAAAUACUGGCAAAUCAUAAACAAGCUCUACCAUAUGGAAAUUGACGACAUUACGAGGAAUUACCGACUCGAUAGGCCCCAAUAUGCUGAAUUGCUGCGGACCCGGGCCCAGCAUCUACAGGAUUUUGGGUUUGAAAAAGCACUCGAAUUGGCAAUGCAGGAUGUCGAAUUGGCCAACGAAGAAGGAUUCUCCGGCCCGAGGAUAGGGGGACUGCGCUUCCGGCAAAAGCAGCACGUCUUAAGAGAUCCAAAAUGCCUCCGUCCUUUCCAGUCCCCCAACUGAUCCAUCGCAUUGAUUCCAGCCACAGUCACUCUAUCACGUUGAUUCCGACCACGGUAAGAAUAACAGUCAUGUCAAUCAUAGUUAGUUUGCUCGCAAUGAUCAGUACAAGUCCCAGAACAAAAGAAGCUGGAGCGG